AUGCCAAGACCAAUUUAUGUUCUUCUCAUUGAUUGCUUCAUUGUUUUAUCAUUUACGUACACCUUCCUACUUGAGCAUGUAAAGAGUCGCAAAAACAACACAGUUGUGUUUUACAAAGAAUUUCCAGAAAUUGGCCAUAAAACUAAAAUCCAUGUGAAAAAUAGAAAAAAAUAUCUGUUUCUAUUCAGAAAUUCGUAUACCCAAAUCAAGAAUAUAUCACAAAAAUUUUUCAUUGUAAAACAUCACAAAGUGAACUACCUACCACAUGAAAUUAAAAGCCACACCAUUCCACUGUUGAAUUCAAAUAAUGCUUCUUUUUUGAAAGGUAGCAAAUUUAAAAUAUUUAACAAUGAUAAUGGAAAGAACAAUUUUUCAAAGGACCCAAACGAGGAAACAGAUCACGGGAAUAAUGACAGAAUAAUAGAUGAGAAAAAUGAAAAAUGGAAAAAGUAUUUUGAGCGUAAGAGGAAAAAAGAAAUAUUGAAAGAUUUGAACAGUAAUUUAAGGAAAAAAGGAAAAAGAGAUAUAAGCCACUCUUUCAGAAAUGGGAAUGAUAGUUUAAGUAUGGAUUCAACAAGUGAAAGCAAUACGAUGGAAUCUGAGAACAUAAUCCAAAACGACGAUAAAGGGAAGGGGCAACAGCAGCAUGGUGAUGGAAAUGACCAAAAUGGGGAUGACGAAAAUGGAGAAGGCAGUGAUGAUGAUGAGGAGGAGCAGGAGGAGGACGACGACGACGAAGGUGAGGAGGACGAUGACUCAUAUGACGCAUAUGACUCAUACAAUCCCUAUGACCCGUAUGAAAACCGAAAUGGUGAUGAAAAACAGGGGAAAGACAAAUACAGCCACCUUGAUUAUGCACACAACCACGAAGAAGGGCAAGGAGGGAACUUUUUUUUCAUGAACAAUGGAAAAAAGGAAAAUGCGCAUAAUAGAUUUUACGAGAAUAGAAGAAACAACGGGGGUCCCUCAACCCCCCCCUCAAUUAAUGAUAGCAUAAAUAACAUUUUUACAUCAAAAGAAAGCAAAGAUUUCCCUCUGUUUUUCCCUCUCAAUAAUAAAUCCUUUGAAAAUAGUAACAAUAAAUAUUUUGAUAAAAUAUGUAGUAUCCCCCCAAAUGAAUUAAUUAAUAGAUUCUUUGAGAACACGUCAGAAAGGGUUAAAGAAGCCGUAAAAAACAUUAUCUUUAAUAUCAUAGGAAAUAUUCAAAAAUAUACAAUCGAAACGUCUAUUUUAAUUACACACGAAAAAAUAUACAAUUUUUUGCUACAGAUUAUCCUUACUGGGUAUAUGAUAAAAAAUGCAGAUUAUCGACUAAGCCUAAAUGAGUCGCUUUACGACCAAAAUAAUAUUAUAAAUAAAAAGGAAGACGAUUUUUUCAAUUUAAAAAAAUCGUUUUAUAGUUUGUUUGCUGAUAAACACAAAAAAAGUGGAGAAGAAACUCUAAACUCAUGUGAGUUAAAUAAUCAAAAUAAUUGCAACCCGCACAUACUAAAUCAGAACAAGGCUGAUAAACAAAAAAAUUAUGACCUUGAAAAACUUUUGACAAGUAAAAACCUACAGGAUGAUAAUAGCAAUUACUCAUCCUACCAAAAUGGAGAUCAGUAUAAUCAUGAUGACAAUCAGAUACAACCAGAAAGUACCUCUUACGCUAAAUGUAAGAAUCACGCAAGUGAUAACUUUCCAAUAAUUAACACAAAAAAUUAUAUUAUAUUUUUACGAAAAAAAAUUAUGUCUUUAGAAAAUCAGAUAAAAAUGUUAAAAGAAAAUAAAUCAAUUUUAAAUGAUGAUUUACUUUCAUAUAUCAAGUCACUAACGGAUAUACAAUUACGUUCAUUAACUGAUAACAUAGGAGCAUUAGUCCUAGAUGCAACAAAAAAAAUUGUAGAGUUAGUGAUACAAGGCAUGACAUUAAAUAUUAAUAAAAACUUAUCAAAUGAAUUAAUAUAUAUAAGCGGUUCCGUGCUCACAUAUAUUUGUUUCUGGCAGUUAAUAAUAGGUUAUACAUUACGAGAAAUGGAAAUACGUGAUGAACUCUCCGAUUAUCUCAAGGGGAGCUAG